AUGAUCAUAUUUUUGAUUACAUUUUGUGCUUGUGCACCGACUUUGGAGGCUCAGCUAGACUAUGGAACCUUUGAAGGAUCAUACUCAGCAAGGUAUAACCUGAGCUAUUGGCAGAAGAUACCGUUCGCUGCCCCUCCCGUUGGUCAAAAUCGUUUCAGAGGACCGCAGCCACCAGUCCCUGUCAACAAUGGCACUUACAAUUCGACACAGCCCUUUGACAUGUGCCCUCAGCGAACAGUCAAUGGAUCCGAAGAUUGCUUGUAUCUUGGACUAUACUCGAGACCUUGGACUAAGGCACAGCCACUUCGCCCAGUCGUUGUGGUCUUUUAUGGUGGAGGGUUCAUACAAGGCAGUGCUUACUUCUCUGUGCCUCCACCAGGCUACCCAGUGCUCAAUGUCUCUAGUUCUAACGAUCUCGUCUUCGUCUACCCCAACUACAGAGUCAACGCCUUUGGACUACUCCCAGGCAGAGAGAUUGCUGCAGAUCCGCUGUCUGAUCUCAAUCCAGGGCUCUUAGACCAACAUGCCGCCCUGGAAUGGACACACAAAUACAUUUCAGCCUUCGGAGGCGAUCCCAAGAACGUCACGAUCUGGGGUCAAUCUGCUGGAGGCGGUAGCGUGGUAGCUCAAGUCAUAGCUCAGAAUGGAAGGAUCAGCCCGCCUCUGUUCUCGAAAGCGUUGGCAUCAUCGCCUUUCUGGCCGAAGACUUACAAGUACAACGCACCUCAGGCCCAGGCUCUCUACGACGUUCUGGCUAACCUUACCGGUUGCUCUGGACCAGAUUCACUGCAGUGUCUGAAAACAGUAGAUGUGCAGACCAUCCGAGAUGCUUCACUGAUCAUCUCAGGAAGCCAUACCGACAACACAUCGUCUUAUACAUGGGCACCUGUUAUUGACGGUACGUUCUUGACUCAGCCACUCUCUUCUGCCACUUCAAACAGUCAUGUGAACAUCGAUUACGGAUUCGGCAUGUAUAAUCUGCAUGAAGGCGAAAAUUUCGUCCCUCCAGGUUUCGAAGAUGGGGUAAACUCUGGCUCGCGAUCGUUCAACUCAUCGGUUCAAUCUCUUGUCCAGUGGUUGAAGGGGUAUCUACCAGGGCUGUCGGACCACGACAGAUCGAGAGUACUGUCCUUGUAUCCGGCGCAGGGGUCGGCAGAAGGGUUGCCUAACUACAAUACUACCUAUGUUCGGGCAGGUCUUAUCUUCCGAGACACAGUUCUGGCUUGUCCUGCAUACUGGAUGGCAGGUGCUGCCCACAAGAAAUCUUACCUUGGCGAGUACACCAUUUCGCCAGCCAAACAUGCUUCUGAUACGAUCUAUUGGAACCAAGUCAACUCUAUUCAGCAAACUGAUCCUUUCACAUACCAAGGUUAUGCUGGAGCAUUUGCUUCGUUCUUUGCAACGGGAGACCCUGACGCUCACAAAUUGACGAACAAGAGUGUAGUUGGUGUGCCAGAGUUGCAGUCUGGACAGCAGUUUCUAGUCUUGCAGGAUGGUUUUUCUGACGGGUCAAUUGCGCAGCUGAUUUUGCGGUGUGAUUAUUGGAGGAGCGUGGCACACAAGAUUCCCAUUUGA